AGGGUGAUUGUCCACGUGACAAACAAACUUUCCAGUGAAUCCAGUGAAACUUCAAUACAUUGGCACGGUCUCUACCAAAAAGACACUCCUUGGAUGGACGGUGUGGGGUAUAUAAGUCACUGCCCGAUAGGCCCAGGACAGACAUUUACCUACAAGUUUAUGGCCCGGCCCACCGGAUCAUUUAUUUACCAUUCCCACAUAGGAGUCCAGCGUACCAUGGGCCUUUAUGGACCACUGGUUGUAAGGAAAAAUCUUACUAAAGAACCUUAUGAGGAAUUCUUUGCGAUCGUAUCGGAUUGGAACCACGAGUGGGAUUCGAGCUUCAGCAGAUUUAGAUUCGAUUCUGGUUUGAUUAAUGGUAAAGGACGGGUUUUGGUAGAUAAUUUAAAAGGAAAUGGGGCACCAUUGGAAAUAUUUACUGUAUCUCGAGGAAAUCAAUACAGAUUUCGGUGGGCGAACGCAGGCAAUAUUUACCCGUUCCGAGUUGAAAUUGAUCAACACAAUAUAACGAUUGUGAGUUCUGAUGGACAUGAUUUAACACCUGUU